GGGCGGGUCUUACGUUGAAUGAAUACAGGAAGUGUAUAGCGUGAGACUGCAAUUUGACGUUCGCCGGAGCUAUUGAAGAAUAAGGUUCCUCACUAAGUUCCUCAUUGUCAGUAGUAAACCUCAGACUAAAGAUGGUGGACUCCCAGUACUACCUCCCGAAUGAGAUCGGUGUCUCUGCUCUGGACUGCAGCGUGGCCUUCCAUUUGCUUUCACCUCAGGAGAAGAUGUACGCCCACUACCUGUCACGAGCCGCAUGGUAUGGUGGUCUGGCAGUGUUGCUGCAGACAUCCCCGGAGUCGGCAGAUAUCUUUGUCUUGCUGCAGAGAAUCUUCAGGAAGCAGACCCCUGCACAGCUGGAACAGGUCGCCACAGCAGCUGGACUCAGCUCGGAGGAGUACCAGGCAUUCUUGGUGUAUGCAGCUGGUCUGUACGCCAACAUGGGAAACUACAAGUCCUUUGGAGACACAAAGUUCAUCCCAAAUCUACCCAAGGACAAGCUGAAAGCUGUGGUAAAGGCCAGCCAGGCAUUUCAGGACCAGCCCACUGAGAUGGAGGCCCUGUGGGACAGCUGCUCGUGUCUCCUGUACUCCCUGGAAGACAGACAGAAACAGCUGGGGCUGGGUGACAAGGGAAUUAGCACCUACUUCUCAGGAAACUGCUGUCUGGAAGAUGCUGAGCUGGCUCAGAAGUUUCUUGACUCGAAAAAACUGUCGGCUUACAACACCCGUCUGUUUAAGAGGGACAAUGGAGGUAAAACCUGCUAUGAGGUGCGCCUGGCGUCGGCUGUGCAGAAAGACUGCGCAGUGGAGGGGGAAUGCGAGUCAUGCUGCGGCAGCUUCAACUUUGAAGACAAAGAGUUCAUUGUGAAGAGGGGAGACUAUGCUCCUUUAAUGGAGAAAGUCUCUUAUUACCUCCAACAAGCACAGGCCUAUGCCGCCAAUGAAAACCAGAGAAAGAUGCUUGAAGAGUACACUCGCAGCUUCACCUUUGGCUCAGUUGAAGCCCAUAAAGAGGGCUCGCGCUACUGGAUUAAAGACAAGGGACCAAUUGUUGAGAGUUAUAUAGGUUUCAUAGAGAGCUACAGAGACCCAUUUGGCUCCAGAGGAGAGUUUGAAGGUUUCAUCGCGGUUGUGAACAAGGCGAUGAGUGAGCGUUUUACCAAACUGGUGAGCUCAGCAGAAGUCUUGCUCCCUGAGCUGCCGUGGCCAAGGGAGUUUGAGAAGGACACUUUCCUUAAACCGGACUUCACCUCGCUGGAUGUCCUCACCUUCGCUGGCAGCGGAAUACCAGCUGGCAUCAACAUCCCCAACUAUGAUGACAUCAGACAGUCGGAAGGCUUUAAAAAUGUGUCCCUAGGCAACGUGCUGGCUGUAGCCUAUGCUACAAAAAAAGAAAAACUCACCUUCCUGGAGGAGGAGGACAAGGAUUUGUUUAUCAAGUGGAAGGGUCCAUCAUUCGAGGUACAGGUUGGACUUCAUGAGUUGUUGGGCCAUGGAAGUGGCAAACUGUUUGUCCAGGAUGACAAGGGCAAUUUCAACUUUGACCAGAGUAAGGUGACCAACCCAGAGACUGGUGAACUAGUGUCCAGUUGGUAUCGGAGCAGCGAGACGUGGGACAGUAAAUUCUCCACAAUUGCUUCCUCUUAUGAAGAAUGCCGCGCUGAGUGUGUCGGACUCUAUCUGUGUCUCAACAAGCAAGUGCUCAGUAUUUUUGGCCAUGAGGGCCAGGAUGCAGAGGAUGUGGUUUACAUCAACUGGCUCAGCAUGGUCAGAGCUGGACUGUUGGGCCUGGAGUUCUACACACCUGAGAGCAAGAGCUGGAGACAGGCUCACAUGCAGGCUCGUUUCGUGAUCCUGCGUGUUCUGCUGGAGGCCGGGGAGGGCCUGGUGGGCCUGGAAGAAGUGACUGGACAGGACAGCAAGCCUGACGCUAGAAUCACAUUGGACAGAAGCAAGAUCCACACUGUGGGCAAGAAUGCCAUCCACAAGUUCCUUUGUAAACUGCAGGUCUUAAAGGCAACCGCAGAUGUGGAAGGAGGCAGGGCUCUCUAUGACGGCUACUCCACUGUCAGUGACAACGGUGCUCACAACUUCUUGCGUCUCCGGGAGACAGUGCUGCUAAGGAAGGAAGCUCGUAAAAUGUUUGUCCAGGCCAACACCAGAGUCAAUGGGGACAGCGUAGAGCUGGUGGAAUACGAAGGUACCGUAGCAGGUUUGAUUCACUCCUUCACUGAGCGCUUCCAAGACGAAGCCGAGCAGCUGGAGGCCGACCUUUUGGAGCUGAGCAAAAGAGACGCCUCCUGCUGGUGUUGAUGGAUAGAUGAUCUGCUCCAUAGGCUUGGAAAAUACCAACUAAAAUCAAAUCGAUUCGUAAUGGAUGUUAAAACACACAAAACUGCAAAAUGAUCUAAAUCCUUUUAGAAGACACUUCUGAAGAGAUUAAACUAAAGUUUCAUACAAUAAAGCCAUAAGACUAGAACAGAUCUGCCAAAGAUACAAGUCACAGUUUUUCUAGCUACGACUCCUAUCCAAUGUCAGGUGCUCUCUUUUGACACGAUCAAAUACAAAUAAACCAGUUGAUACAACAAAUCACUCUUUUAGAUGCAUUUUAGGACACAUUUUUCUAAUGAGAAGUACUGAUAACUGUCCAUUAAACCAAUGCUGCCGGACGAUUAAAAAAUGGUUCCUGGGUAUAAACGUGUCUGUAAGUGACUGAAGGUAGUUUUCCCUUUCUAAUAAUUGCACGGUCCGAAUUUUGCUUCAGAUCUUCACAAAAUGAUCAUUAUGACACGUUUUGUAUGUACUCUAAAUGAUGUCAAUCAAUAGAUUUUUACAGUCAACAUCCUUACAGCUUGUCCAUUAAAUUAAAUGUUUGUUCAGCCUUGGUGAUGAUCUGACCGGUUAAGACUGUUAACUAGCUUAAUGUCGACUAAAAGGCAAGAAUAAUACUUAACAAAUUUUUUUGCCAGGUUUGGUAUAAUGAAGUCAUGGCUGAUUACUUGGAUGUAUAAAAUAUUGCUCUGUAUGGAAGGCCUAAAAAGUGCUAUAUGUAAGAAAUGUGGUGUUAAAUCUGCACAAAUAAAAUGUUUCAUAAGA